CUAUGAAUAAAGAAUUUGUGGUCGAGUGCAGUUUAAAGCUAGUCUGUAUAUCUACAUUGUGACUAUGGAAUCAUAGAUAUAUGAUGGAAUACAACGAAAAUCUAAAUAGACCUAGAUCUAGGUCUUUGGCUGGGAAGUUCAAUUUCCUGCUCCUAGAAAGUAAUGAAUUCAAUCCUACCGCGGAAGGAGAGAAAGAGGCACAUCACCAAGAGAGUGAGAACACUUGUGCUGACAUCAAGGAGACUUUCUUGACAAAUGACUUGGGAACUCAGACUAAAACUGAGGGUAUUUUGGUCGAUGUCAGUAAUAAAGAGUUCCGAACAGAUUACUUAACACUGGUCUAUGGAUUGUUCAAGGACAUCUAUGAUCGAACAACUCUUUCUGAACAUCCACUGCCUUUUCAUGAAGUAUCAUCCAUCAUUGAAAAGCUGCAGGGGGCACCUAACCAGAUCAUGGACAUGCUAAACAAAAGUUUACAAACUGAUCCCAUUACCAAUAUCGUUAAUGAACUCAUGGAGAUGAUCAACACCAAACGAAUGAGUAAAACUAAACUACCGAGGAACGCUAAACUAAAGCCGAAGAAAAUCAAAGAACCCUUUGAUAAUCAGCAAGAAGAUAUGAACACAAACGUGGGCCCUGCGGAGCCUAUUUUUAACUACGUUAUGAACUUAAAGCAACAUACGGCCACAUAUACUGAUGACAACUCCAACACUGCCCCCACACAUCAAUCAACCUCUGAAGAUUGUGAAAAACUUGUUAAAAAUGCUGAGCUAAGCAGCGUCACUAGAAGACCCACUGCCAAAUCAACCCAUGCUGCUGUAGGUGAGGAGGAGCUUAACCACAAAUGGACCCGCUUUAUUACCAAAUUGCCUGCUACAAAUGAGGAACUUACUCCCAAAUUGAUCUACACUGCAAGCGAGGAACUUAAUCACAAAUGGACCCGCCUUAUCGGCAAAUUUCCUGCUACGAAUGAGGAACUUACCCCCAAAUGGACCCACGCUGCGAGUGGGGAACUUUCCCCCAAAUGCACCCACGCUGCGAGUGAGGAAUUUGCCCCCAAAUGGACCCACGCUGCGAGUGGGGAACUUGCCCCCAAAUGGACCCACGCUGCGAGUGGGGAACUUGCCCCCAAAUGGACCCACGCUGCGAGUGGGGAACUUGCCCCCAAAUGGACCCACGCUGCGAGUGGGGAACUUGCCCCCAAAUGGACCCACGCUGCGAGUGGGGAACUUGCCCCCAAAUGGACCCACGCUGCAAGUUGGGAACUUGCCCCCAAAUGGACCCACGCUGCGAGUGGGGAACUUGCUCCCAAAUGGACCCACGCUGCGAGUGGGGAACUUUCCCCCAAAUUGACCCACGCUGCGAGUGAAGAACUUGCCCCCAAAUGGACCCAUGCUGUGAGUGGGGAACUUACCUCCAAAUGGACCCACGCUGCGAGUGGGGAACUUACCUCCAAAUGGACCCACGCUGCGAGUGAGAAACUUGCCCCCAAAUGGACCCACGUUGCGAGUGACGACCUUACCCCUAAAUGCACCCAAGCUGCGAGUGGGGAACUUACCCCCAAAUGGACCCACGUUGCGAGUGACGACCUUACCCCCAAAUGCACCCAAGCUGCAAGUGAGGAACUGACCUCUAAAUGGACCCACACUGCGAGUGAGAAACUUACCCCCAAAUGGACCCACGCUGCGAGUGAGGAACUUACCCUCAAAUGCACCCACGUUGCGAGUGAGAAACUUACCCUCAAGUGUGCGAGUGUGGACUCUAACUACGCUGCGAGUGAGGAACCUACCCCCAAGUCUAACCACGCUGCAAGUGUGGAACUUACCCUCAAUUGCACCCACGUUGCGAGUGACGACCUUACCCCCAAAUGCACCCAAGCUGCGAAUGAGGAACUGAUCACCAAAUGUGCCCCCGCUGAGAGUGAGGAACUUACCUCUAAAUGGACCCACACUGCGAGUGAGAAACUUACCCCCAAAUGGACCCACGCUGCGAGUGAGGAACUUACCCUCAAAUGCACCCACGUUGCGAGUGAGAAACUUACCCUCAAGUGUGGGAAUGUGGACUCUAACUACGCUGCGAGUGAGAAACUUACCCCCAAAUGCACCCCCGCUGAAAGUGAAGAACUUACUUCCAAAUGUACCCACAUUGCGAGUGAGGAACUUACCCCCAAAUCGAACCAGGUUGCGAAUGAGAAACUUACUCCCAAAUGGACCCACGUUGCGAGUGAGAAACUUACCCCCAAAUGCACCCAAGCUGCAAAUGAGGAACUGACCACCAAAUGUACCCCCGCUGCGAGUGAUGAAUUUACCUCUAAUUGGACCCACGCUGCGAGUGAGGAACUUACCACCAAAUGUACCCCCGCUGCGAGUGAUGACUUUACCUCUAAAUGGACCCAUGCUGCAAAUGAGGAGCUGACCACCAAAUGUACCCCCGCUGCGAGUGAUGACUUUACCUCUAAAUGGACCCACGCUGCGAGUGAGGAACUUACCCCCAAAUUGACCCAUGCUGCAAAUGAGGAACUUGCCCUGAAAUGGACCCACGUUGCGAGUGAGCACCUUACCCCCAAAUGCACCCUACCUGCGAGUGAGGAACUGACCUCCAAGUGUGCGAGUGUGGACUCUAACUACGCUGUGAGUGAGGAACCUACCCCCAAGUGGAACCACGCUGCGAAUGAGGAACUUACCCUCAAAUGCACCCAAGCUGUGAAUGAGGAACUGACCACUAAAUGUACCCCCGCUGCGAGUGAGGAACUUACCUCUAAAUGGACCCACACUGCGAGUGAGGAACUUACCCCCAAAUGGACCUACGUUGUGAGUGAGGAACUUACCCCCAAAUGGACCCACGUUGCGAUUGAGAAAGUUACCCUCAAAUGCACUCAAGCUGCAAGUGAGGAACUGACCUUCAAGUGUGCGAGUGUGGACUCUAACUACGCUGAGAGUGAGGAACCUACCCCCAAGUCUAACCACGCUGCAAGUGUGGAACUUACCCUCAAUGGCACCCCCGCUGCGAGUGAAGAACUUACCCCCAAAUCAAACCAGGUUGCGAAUGAGGAACUUACCCCCAAAUCGAACCAGGUUGCGAAUGAGGAACUUACCCCCAAAUCGAACCAGGUUGCGAAUGAGAAACUUACUCCCAAAUGGACCCACGCUGCGAGUGAGAAACUUACUCCCAAAUGGACCCACGCUGCGAGUGAGAAACUUACCCCCAAAUGCAUCCAAGCUGCGAAUGAGGAACUGACCACCAAAUGUACCCUCGCUGCGAGUGAGGAACUUACCUCUAAAUGGACCCACACUGCGAGUGAGGAACUUACCUCCAAAUGGACCCACGCUGCGAGUGAGAAACUUGCCCCCAAAUGGACCCACGUUGCGAGUGACGACCUUACCCCCAAAUGCACUCAAGCUGCAAGUGAGGAACUGACCUCUAAAUGGACCCACACUGCGAGUGAGAAACUUACCCCCAAAUGGACCCACGCUGCGAGUGAGGAACUUACCCUCAAAUGCACCCACGUUGCGAGUGAGAAACUUACCCUCAAGUGUGCGAGUGUGGACUCUAACUACGCUGCGAGUGAGGAACCUACCCCCAAGUCUAACCACGCUGCAAGUGUGGAACUUACCCUCAAUUGCACGCACGUUGCGAGUGACGACCUUACCCCCAAAUGCACCCAAUCUGCGAAUGAGGAACUGAUCACCAAAUGUGCCCCCGCUGAGAGUGAGGAACUUAUCUCUAAAUGGACCCACACUGCGAGUGAGAAACUUACCCCCAAAUGGACCCACGCUGCGAGUGAGGAACUUACCCUCAAAUGCACCCACGUUGCGAGUGAGAAACUUACCCUCAAGUGUGCGAAUGUGGACUCUAACUACGCUGCGAGUGAGAAACUUACCCCCAAAUGCACCCCCGCUGAAAGUGAAGAACUUACUUCCAAAUGUACCCACAUUGCGAGUGAGGAACUUACCCCCAAAUCGAACCAGGUUGCGAAUGAGAAACUUACUCCCAAAUGGACCCACGUUGCGAGUGAGAAACUUACCCCCAAAUGCACCCAAGCUGCAAAUGAGGAACUGACCACCAAAUGUACCCCCGCUGCGAGUGAUGAAUUUACCUCUAAUUGGACCCACGCUGCGAGUGAGGAACUUACCACCAAAUGUACCCCCGCUGCGAGUGAUGACUUUACCUCUAAAUGGACCCAUGCUGCAAAUGAGGAGCUGACCACCAAAUGUACCCCCGCUGCGAGUGAUGACUUUACCUCUAAAUGGACCCACGCUGCGAGUGAGGAACUUACCCCCAAAUGGACCCAUGCUGCAAAUGAGGAACUUGCCCCGAAAUGGACCCACGUUGCGAGUGAGCACCUUACCCCCAAAUGCACCCUACCUGCGAGUGAGGAACUGACCUCCAAGUGUGCGAGUGUGGACUCUAACUACGCUGCGAGUGAGGAACCUACCCCCAAGAGGAACCACGCUGCGAGUGAGGAACUUAGCCUCAAAUGCACCCAAGCUGUGAAUGAGGAACUGACCACUAAAUGUACCCCCGCUGCGAGUGAGGAACUUACCUCUAAAUGGACCCACACUGCGAGUGAGGAACUUACCCCCAAAUGGACCUACGUUGUGAGUGAGGAACUUACCCCCAAAUGGACCCACGUUGCGAGAGAGGAACUUACCCCCAAAUGCACCCAAGCUGCGAGUGAUGAACUGACCUUCAAGUGUGCGAGUGUGGACUCUAACUACGCUGCGAGGGAGGAACCUACCCCCAAAUGUACCACCGCUGCGAGUGAAGAACUUACUCCCAAAUGGACCCACGUUGCGAGUGAGGAAUUUACCCCCAAAUCAAACCAGGUUGUGAAUGAGAAACUUACUCCCAAAUGGACCCACGCUGCGAAUGAGAAACUUACCUCCAAAUGCACCCAAGUUGCGAAUGAGGAACUGACCACCAAAUGUACCCCCGCUGCGAGUGAGGAACUUACCUCCAAAUGGACCCACACUGCAAUAGAGGAACUUACCCCCAAAUGGACCCACGUUGCGAGUGAGGAGCUUACCCCCAAAUGGACCCACGUUGCGAGUGAGGAAGUUACCCCCAAAUGCACCCAAACUGCGAAUGAGGAACUGACCACCAAAUGUACCCCCGCUGUGAGUGAGGAACUUACCUCCAAAUGGACCCACACUGCGAGUGAGGAACUUACCCCCAAAUGGACCCACGUUGCAAGUGAGAAACUUACCCCCAAAUGGACCCACGCUGCGAGUGAGGAACUUACCCCCAAAUGGACCCACGUUGCGAUUGAGAAACUUACCCUCAAAUGCACUCAAGCUGCAAGUGAGGAACUGACCUUCAAGUGUGCGAGUGUGGACUCUAACUACGCUGCGAGUGAGGAACCUACCCCCAAGUCUAACCACGCUGCAAGUGUGGAACUUACCCUCAAUGGCACCCCCGCUGCGAGUGAAGAACUUACCCCCAAAUCGAACCAGGUUGCGAAUGAGGAAAUUACCCCCAAAUCAAACCAGGUUGCGAAUGAGGAACUUACCCCCAAAUCGAACCAGGUUGCGAAUGAGGAACUUACCCCCAAAUCGAACCAGGUUGCGAAUGAGAAACUUACUCCCAAAUGGACCCACGCUGCGAGUGAGAAACUUACUCCCAAAUGGACCCACGCUGCGAGUGAGAAACUUACCCCCAAAUGCAUCCAAGCUGCGAAUGAGGAACUUACCACUAAAUGUACCCCUGCUGCGAGUGAAGAACUUACCUCUAAAUGGACCCACACUGCGAGUGAGGAACUUACCCCCAAAUGGACCCACGCUGCGAGUGAGGAAUUUACCCCCAAAUGGACCCACAUUGCGAGUGAGGAACUUACCCCCAAAUGGACCCACGUUGCGAGUGAGGAAUUUACCCCUAAAUGGACCCACGCUGCGAGCCUGGAACUUACCCCCAGGUGGACCCACACUGCGAGCCUGGAACUUACCCCUAAAUGGACCCACGCUGCGAGCCUGGAACUUACCCCCAAAUGGACCCACGCUGCAAGUCUGGAACUUACCCUCGAAUGGACCCACGCUGCGAGUCUGGAACUUACCCCCAAAUGCACUGAACUGACCUCCAAAAGGGCCCACGUUAUAAAUGUGGAACUUACUUUCAAACGGACCCAUGCAGCAAGUGAGAAAUUUACCCUUAAAUGGAUUCACACUGUCAAGUAUGCAAAUCUGCAAGAUACUUCUUGUGGCAGCAAAGCAACUGCAAGUAUAGAAAAAAGCUGUCAUGUGAAGCAUAACAAAAUACAAUUAACUGGGAAACUUCUGAAACAAAGUGAGGAAAAUGUCGACCCGGAGAAGCCUACAAACGAACAAUCCCUAUGUCACAUCAAGACUCCUAGCAGCAGCCCCCAAAUACUGAGCUGCAAUGGGAACAAUGAGAAAAAAGACUCUACUACUGGUAAACAUGACGGUGGGUCCUCUUCCCAAACAGAAUCUCACUCUACCUCAUCUUCAUCAAAUAGAAACAGUACAAUGGCCAGUGGGUGUGGUGGUAGCGGAGGAAGAGAUAAUGACGAUAAGAAUAAUAACAAACGCAUAUCAAAUGUAGAUAUUUCUCUAGAAGAAGAAGAAGAAGAGUCUAGUGAUAGCGAUGAAGCCUCCGAAGAUGUGGAUAAACAGUCACAUGACAUCACUGUCGUAUCAGCCCCUUGCGAACUAGUUAAAGAAGAUAAAGUUAUGCCCUCUGCCAUCAAGCCAUGUGUCUAUCCUUGUUUUAAAAAGCGACCCAAGCAACGCAAUAAACAAAAAUCAAGGCACAAACGUCAGCAGCAGCUGGCUGUGAAUAACAUCACUAUUGUUGAAGAAGCCGCUCAAUCUUCCAAAGGUAACCACGCACCCAUCCCCACAACAAAAACUCAGAGUUGGCAACAAAAGGAGAGAAAAAAAAGUUAUACCGGUAGUGAUGUAGCUCUCGACUAUAACGAUUCUGAUACUUCUAGUCAUAAUGGAGAACAAUUAGCUGUGCGCCGAAAAAAAAGAAAGAAACAAUCAACUGAGAAACAAGCUGAGGAAGAUGACAGAGUGAGACUAAUUGUCGACCCGGAGAAGUCUACAAACGAACGAUCCCUAUGUCACAUCAAGACUCUUAGCAGGAAAAAAGGUAGCCCCCAAAUACUGAGCUGCAAUGGGAACAAUGGGAACAAUGGAAACAAAGACUCUACUACUGGUAAACAUGACGGCGGGUCCUCUUCCCAAACAGGAUCUCACUCUACCUCAUCUUCAUCAAAUAGAAACAGUGCAAGUGCCAGUGGGUGUGGUGGUAGCGGAGGAAGAGAUGAUGACGAAAAUAAAAACAAUUAUAUUUCAAGUGAGAGUUCUACCGAAGAUGAGUGUAGUGAUAAUGAACAAGCCUCCAAAGAUGUGCAAAAAAAGGUUGUACUCGAACGAGUUAAAGAAGAUGAAGGUAUGCUCUCUGUCUACAAGCCUUUCGUCAGCUGUUACGGAGAGGUCGUAUCAGCCGAACACAAACAAAAUGAAGAAGAUAAAGGUCACAGCUUGCACUUAUCAAACUCUUUGAAUGCAGGAGCAACAAUAUUAAUCUCUGUGGGCAGUCGUAUUUCACCACACCAACUACGUCCACCUGAACGCGUGCCACUUGAAACUAAACGAAUAUGUACUUUGGUCGAAGCUCAAGAGAAAUGUGGAACAACGCCGACGGGGCAUGCUACUGCAUCACAAUUGGUCCGGCCUCCUGAAAAACUCAAUUUGACUGGGAAAGAUGCACAGAAAAAGGUUGUACUCAAACAAGUUGAAGAAGAUGAAAGUAUGCCCUCUGUCUACAAGCCUUUCGUCAGCUGUUACGGAGAGGUCGUAUCAGCCGAACACAAACAAGAUAAAGAAGAUGAAGGUCACAGCUUGCACUUAUCAAACUCUUUGAAUGCAGGAGCAACAAUAUUAAUCUCUGUGGGCAAUCGUAUUUUACCACACCAACUACGUCCACCCGAACGCGUGCCACUUGAAACUAAACGAAUAUGUACUUUGGUCGAAGCUCAAGAGAAAUGUGGAACAACGGGGCAUGCCACUGCAUCACAAUUGGUUCGGCCUCCUGAAAAACUCAAUUUGGCUGGGAAAGAUGUACAGAAAAAGGUUGUACUCAAACAAGUUGAAGAAGAUGAAAGUAUGCCCUCUGUCUACAAGCCUUUCGUCAGCUGUUACGGAGAGGUCGUAUCAGCCGAACACAAACAAUAUGAAGAAGAUGAAGGUCACAGCUUGCACUUAUCAAACUCUUUGAAUGCAAGAGCAACAAUAUUAAUCUCUGUGGGCAAUCGUAUUUUACCACACCAACUACGUCCACCUGAACGCGUGCCACUUGAAACUAAACGAAUAUGUACUUUGGUCGAAGCUCAAGAGAAAUGUGGAACAACGGGGCAUGCUACUGCAUCACAAUUGGUUCGGCCUCCUGAAAAACUCAAUUUGGCUGGGAAAGAUGUACAGAAAAAGGUUGUACUCAAACAAGUUGAAGAAGAUAAAGGUAUGCCAUCUGUCUACAAGCCUUUCGUCAGCUGUUACCCUGGAUAUUUUGAAGAGGUAUAUGAAAUGGUUGUGCACUCGAGAUCCUCCAGUGAUCCUGAUACGAACCCUACUUACAUGUUCCACUAUAUUCGCCCGCCAUCCAGUGAUUGUGAUGGUUCGAAACUGUUCAGGGCAUUGUUUGGUCCUGGUGCUGAGAAUGAAGCACGAAGCACUGGAGCUGUGGUGUGUGAUAGUAACCCCAGUACUGGUCAAAGUGGAUGUUUAUUGGGAGCUACAAAUCACAGACUGCAUCAGUGCUUCUUUGAUGUUCGUAUUCGCCAAGGCAAUGGGGCUGCUCUUUGUCAAGAGGUGGGUCACUUUGUGACAUUGGUUGAUGGUGCCAAAGAACUGUGCCAACUGAUAGUCAACAUCCUCCAGUUCUUACGUCAGAAACAGCUAGGACUAACAACCCUGGAGUCAAUCACCAUCGAUGAGCCGAGAGUUAUCAGUAUCCCAAACUCUCAUCUAGCUCCUCUCAACAAUCAGUUAACGGCAAUAACUCUUCGAUUGCUUGGCAGACUCGGUGAGGAGUUCCUUGACCUUUGGGAGCGAAAGUACCCAAGAUCUCGUUCUGUUGAGAUCAGUCCUCUCCAGCUGUUUGUGAUCUGGUUCCAUAGUGUGGAAAGCAAUGGUCAAGAUGUAGUGACAGCUCUACUGGGAGAAGCACUCUUAAAACUAAGAACACACUAGCGGAUUUAUCGGUGACAUAAUUAUAAUUAUAUUUGUUCGUGUACGUAAUUAUUAAGUAAAAGUGGAAAUCAUUUCGUGUUAUGGUCCUGUAUAUAGUUUUUUUAUUGUAACGCAGUAGAAAGCUGUUUAAAUUCAUAUCUGUUCAAUAAUAUUCGUGUGUACCAUUUUUAAA